CCGCAACCUCGCCCGCCGCCUUCGCCGCCGCCGCAGCCAUGACGACCUCCUCGCCCUCGCAGGUGCGCCAGAACUACCACCAGGACGCCGAGGCCGCCGUCAACCGCCAGAUCAACUUGGAGCUCUACGCCUCCUACGUCUACCUGUCCAUGUCUUACUACUUUGACCGAGAUGACGUAGCUUUGAAGAACUUUGCCAAGUACUUUCUGCACCAGUCUCACGAGGAGAGGGAACAUGCCGAGAAGCUGAUGAAGCUCCAGAACCAACGCGGUGGGCGGAUCUUCCUGCAGGAUAUCAAGAAACCAGACCGUGACGACUGGGAGAGCGGGCUGAAUGCAAUGGAGUGCGCCCUACACCUGGAGAAGAGCGUGAACCAGUCACUCCUGGAGCUGCACAAGCUGGCCACUGACAAGAAUGACCCACACCUGUGUGACUUCAUCGAGACUCACUACUUGGACGAGCAAGUGAAGUCCAUCAAGCAGCUGGGUGACCAUGUGACCAACCUGCGUAAGAUGGGAGCCCCCCAGUCCGGCAUGGCAGAGUACCUCUUUGACAAGCACACCCUGGGGGAUGGUGAGGAGAGCUAAGCCUGAGCCAACGUCCAUGGGGCAGCGCAUGCGUGUUGGGGUUAGCUGCACCUUUUCUACAAAUUGUACCAGAACAUCUACUUAAGUUCUUCAAUUGCUUCAAAUAAAGAAAUUUGGUACCC